GAUUCAGAUGUCAGUAGUCGUCAGUUAUCGACCACUCUUUUCUAAAACGAAUGCUACCCUCCCGACAUGUAUUUGAUGAAAUGUCUCUGUGCUGUAUGUAUAGUGCAGGAAUUGAGGUUCUCUGCAACUCUCCCACCAUAUAUUUGAUGAAAUGUUUCUUGGCUGUACAGUGCAAGAAUUGGGGCUCUCUCCUACCCUCCCAAGGUGUUUGAUGAAAUGCCUCUACGUUGUUUGAUGAGGCCUAGAUGGGUUGUGGAGACUUGUUCAAUUGUGUGGCCUGUUUUGAUAGUGAUCUCACUGAUUUAUUGUAAAAGGGUAGUGGAUCAAGAAGGUGGUUUGGGACUUAUGAUACCUGCCCAGAAAGGUUCAGAAGAUGAUUCCAUUACUAGAUUUGAAACGCCCAAAGACAAAUUGCUUGGUGGGCUUGUGGCUGCCGGUUUCAACGAAGAAUCUUGCGUGAGCAGGCACCAGUCCCUCCUAUAUGGCAAAGCUUCACCAUACAACCCGUCUUCCUAUCUCAUCUUUAGACUCCGAGGAUAUGAAACUCUCCACAAACGCUGCGGUCCUCAUACAGAAUCCUAUAACAAAAGUGUGAAACAGCUGCAAUCUGAUCAUGGCAAUGGCAUGGACUGCAAGUAUAUUGUACAUUUGUGGAUGCCACACAGUGGUUUGGGAAACCGAUUACUGGGCCUUGCUUCGUCAUUUCUCUAUGCCCUCCUCACCAACCGAGUGCUGCUCAUUGGGCAAGAGCUCAAAAUGGCCGACCUCCUCUGCGAACCAUUCCCUGAGACAACGUGGGCAUUGCCUUCCGACUUCCCUAUCAAAGAUCAGUUUGAAAGCUUCAACCAGGAAUCUCACCAAUGUUACGGGAACAUGCUCAAGAGCAAAAGCACAUGCACUUCAGCCGCACAAUCGUUUAUGUAUCUCCAUCUAAUUUAUGAUUACAAUGACUACGACAAGCAUUUUUUCUGCGAUCAAGAUCAAAAUGGCAUGAAGAAAGUCCCAUGGUUGAUACUGAGAUCAGAUCAGUACUUCAUCCCAUCCCUCUUCUUGAUCCCGUCAUUCGAGGAGGAGCUGAGCAAGCUGUUUCCCCAAAGAGAAGCUGUCUUUCACCACUUGAGUAGGUACCUCUUCCACCCCUCAAAUCAUGUAUGGGGGCUAGUCACCAGGUAUUAUCAGGCUUACUUGGCCAAAGCCGACGAGAGAAUUGGAAUCCAGAUAAGAGACUACAGCACCACUUCUUUGCCAUUUAAGAGUUUGAAGGGUCAUAUAGCUACCUAUUACCUACCUCACUUGGCAGUAAAUGAAUCAACUUUCAGUCAGAUAAACCAUUCUUAUGAUGUAACCAGACCUCUCACUCACAUGAUGGACCGAAUACUCGAGUGUUCUGUGGAGAACAAUUUGCUUCCCAAAGUGAUCAAGGAUCAAGGAUCAAUUGUCAGCUCACCAAAGAUUCCAAAAUCGAAAGCUGUUCUAGUGACAUCUCUGAAUUCCAGGUACUUCGAGGAAAUAAGGAACAUGUACUGGGAGCAUCCAACUGCUACAGGGGAGGUAGUUGGCGUAUACCAACCAAGCCAUGAAGAGAUCCAGCAGAUUGUAAACCCCACACACAACAUGAAGGCAUUGGCAGAGAUUUAUCUUCUUAGUUUGAUGGAUGUGUUGAUAACAACCCCUUGGUCAACCUUUGGCUAUGUAGCUCAGGGCCUUGGUGCUUUGAAGCCAUGGAUUCUCAACAGUCCCCAGAAACAACUGGCUUCAGAUCCACCUUGUCAGCAAGCCACAUCCCCUGAACCUUGCUUUCAUUAUCCACCUUUCUAUGACUGUGAAGCAAAAACAAGAACGGAUACCGGAACAAAGGUUGCAUACGUUCGACAUUGUGAGGAUACAAGCUGGGGGCUUAAGUUGUUUGAUGAUCAUGAACUAUAGUAUAGCUGCAGCCACCAUUGUUGUUGAUUCCAGGGUCACGUACUGCAAUGUGCAGUGGAAAUGGCUUAAGGAAAUGAGGUCUUUCAGGAGGCAGUGACUCAAAAGGCUGGUGAUGCUCCUUGAGUCCCAUUCGAGAAACUUGGUUUUGCAAUUGGAAUCUCCUCCUUUGUUGGUUUUGUCCAAUUGCUAGCUGUGAAGUUUCUUCAGAAUUAUUAAAGAAAUUAGUUACUUUUAGUCUUGAAAAUUGUAAAUAAUAUAGAUCAAAUAAAAACUAU